GGUGGCGACCUGUUGAGGCGCCAAGAUGGCGGACGGGGUGCUCAAUGCCGGCGUCAACCUGGAAGCCUUCGCCCAGGCCAUCGCGGCCAUCCAGGCUCUGCGCUCCAGCGUCACUCGGGUGUUCGACUGCCUGAAGGACGGCAAGCGCAACAAGGAGACCCUGGAGGGCCGCGAGAAGAGCUUCGUCACCACCUUCCAGGAGAGCCUCCACUCCGUCAGCCGGGACUUGGGAGAACUGGAGCGGCUGAGCAAUCUCGUUGGCAAGCCCUCUGAGAACCAUCCCUCCCACAACAGUGGAUUGCACGAGUCUCGAUCCUGGCCAAGAGACAAAGCCCCCUCUACAGUCCAGCUACUUCCAGGCCACCACAAAUGGUCAAACAAGUUAUUAGAAAGAAGAGGAAUUGCUUCUCUCCUGAAUUUUCCAUUUCUUCUUAGACCUUCACAUCUCCAGGCACACUUGAAGGUCUGAUGGGGGCAGUUUUCCCAUGGUGGUUGCCGGGCAGCCAGCACCCUGCUCUGCUUACAUCAAGAUGAAACAGAAUACUUGAAGGAUUCUGUAAUGUAUGUAAAAAUGCAUUUUCAAACAAAUAUUAAAAGGAGGGAGAGAGGUGUACAAACAUAUGGCUUUUGGUCUGUGUUGCUUAAUAAUUUUGUGUAAUGUGAGUAAAGUGGGCUAAUUGCUUGUCAGAGCAUAUGGGAAUGUGAAUUGCGUGUUUUUUUUCAGCAGGUUUUUUUUGUAAAAAAAAAGAAGAAAGAGGUUAAUUUCAGCAAAAAUGCUAAUGCUGCCACCUCCCAAUGUUCUUCACAAAUUUUAAUUUAAUAAAGACUUAUUAUUUAACAGAUAGAUAGGCUAAUGUUAUUAGUUUGUUCCAUUUUUUAAAUUAACAUAGUGCUUGAAUUUACAGUUUCUUGGAGCUAGCAGAUGACUUUUGUUGUGUUGGCUAGUGUUUUUGGAGGAACCCCCCCCCCCCCCUAAAGGAAUAGAGCAUCUGUUUAUGUUGACGUGAAGUAUAUUUUCUUAACUUGUAAAAAUGCUGUUGUGUUAUGUUAUAUUGGCCUUAACUCUUAAUAAAAUUUCAUUCUGUGGAAGUAUUUUCUUCAAAA